GUACCUACGCGCACCCGCAACGCCCACGCCGCGGUGACGUCCCGCUUUGCACCACCAGCGCGCACUGCAAUUGCAAUGGCCACCCUCACUGUCGUCCUGCCCGGCGAUGCAGUGCCCCAGCACGCCCUGCCCACCGGCACGGGCAAGAAGAAGACGCUCACACUGGGCCCGGGCCUGCGCCACAUCCCGCCCAACACCGUCACCACCACCGUCGCGGGCACUCUGGUGACGGACAACCGCAAGAACGCUGCGCUGGUCGAGUUCAACAGCGGACGGUACACGCCCUUCGCCGGCGACCUCGUCAUCGCAACCGUGAACGGCUCCGCCGCCGAAAACUUCAACUGCCUGCUGACCCCCGAGACCGCGCCCGCCGCCCUCCCACACCUCGCCUUCGAAGGCGCCACCAAGAAAACCCGGCCCCAGCUGCCCCCCAACUCGCUCGUCUACUGCCGCGUUGCCGCCGCCGGCCGCGACCAGCCGCCCGAACUGACCUGCGUCGACCCGUCGACCGGCAAGGGCGAGGGCCUGGGCCCGCUGAAGGGCGGCAUGCUGUUCAAGAUCAGCCUGGGCAUGGCGCGGCGGCUGCUGGCGCCCAAGAGCGAGCUGCCGCUGCUGGACGUGCUGGGCGCGAAGGUCGGGUUCGAGAUCACGGUGGGCAGGAACGGGCUGGUGCAUGUGGAUGGGGGGAAUGUCAAGACGACGUUGGCGGUCGGGAGGGGGAUUCAGGAGGUUGACGAGAAGGCGCUGGGCGAGAGCGGGCAGCGCAAGCUCGCGGCUGAUGUGCUGAAAAGCCUUUGAAGAAUUCGCCACUAUUGAGGACGGACGACAUGGCGCGUCCUGGCGUGCGCACGAUCGCAGCGAUGUAUCAUCAGCCUGCGUGGAUGCUGCUUAAGCAACGCCAUUAGCCGUUGUGCUGUGGCUGCGCCGCUGACUGAUCGGCGAAGCACACAAUCACUCUCUCAGGUCGGCUCAGUUGGCGUGGGCAGUGCGAUUGAAGUCACUGCUUGACACGAGCAGCCGAAAGGUUCGCGAUAUGUAUAUGAAGUCCAUAUCAUCGCCAGGAUCUGGAAGGAAGCUGAAGAGCUGCUCGAGCCGUGAGCCAGAAUCAAGUUGAGGGUAUACGUAGAAGACUUAUACUACAUGAAGGAACGCAAGUUCUGUAAGACAUAGGCUAAGCGCUUAAUCUUCUAUCUCUGC